AUGAGCGCCCAGCAGGACGAUCGUGAUGUCGGCGAUUUACGCGCCCGGGAGAUGUUCCAUUAUUUUCAGCCCGACAAUCCGGCCUUGAUGCCGACCGGCCAGCAUCCGACUCGAUCUUGCGAAUAUCCCGCGACUGAAAAAUCAAGCCCAAACCUGGUCUUGACAGCUCUAGCACAGUUGGCUGCCAUAAAGCUGGGGGUUCAGCGCACGGUCAUUAGUCUGAUAGAUCGGGAAACUCUUUAUGUGGUGGCAGAAGCGUCACGGUCGCUGAAUCUGGCAAACAAUGACCAACAUGACGGCAAUGGCGAUGGACUUUGGAUGGGUUGUUCACGAGGACCCGUCGCCGGAACCUUGUGUGAGGAAACCAUCACAUUAAAACCCUCGGACGGGAACCAUGCAUUCUUCAUAGUGGAGGACCUCACGCAACACCCGACCUUUUCCAACCUACCCUGCGUCGCAAAAGACCCACAUUUCCGUUAUUACGCCGGCACACCACUGAAGACCGGAAAUGGCAUCAAUAUUGGGAGUCUGUAUGUGAUUGAUCCUCGCCCAGAUCACCGUUUGAGCGAAUCCCACAAAGAAACACUUGGAAAUAUCGCGGAUGCGGUGAUGGAGUAUCUGGAGACAUCUCGCCAGUCAUUAGAGGCCAAUCGCUUGACGAAACUAUUGGCUGGGUUGAAUACUUUUGUGCAAGGUGCUGCUGCUUCCGAUACACCACGCGACUCAACAAAGCACAACCUUGGUCGACCGGACUCUCAAACAUCACCCGUUCCACAUACCCAGCAAACCCCUUGCACCGAGCCCGAGGAAUAUAUGUUCGAAGAUAAAAGCACAAGUCCAACCUCAUUUUUAUCAGUGGACUCGAAGGGUCACGAUUCUGCUGAUGGUGUACCCCCUGGAAUCAUGCCAUCCACAACGCGGAAACGUUCAGCCCGGUCUAAGAUAGGAGCCCCCGCGGAUCACAGCGAUAACAGAUCACAGCGGACAUUUCAGUCUGCUGCCAAUAUCAUGCGAGAAAGUUUGAAUCUGGGCUCGAGCGGUGGUGUAGUCAUAGUUGGCACUGGCGAAGAUACUGACCAUGACACCUCCGACAAUUCAGAUGGAGAAAGAGACAAAAAACUGGCGAAGCUAUGGGCGGUGUCGGACACCGAUCACCAGCGGCAUGAAACCAACGAAGAAAUCGAUUCAUACCACACCCCACGAAUGGAAUCAAGUUUUGUUCGUCGCAUGAUAAGGCAACACCCGCGCGGUGGUUUAUGGUAUCUGCAUUAUCAUGGAGUAGCAUCUUCAUCAGAUGAAGAUGGAAGCGGGUCAGGGAGCAUGAAGGAUGUUCAAAAAGACACUCAACCACCUCUAUCAGUGCAUCCCGAGUCACUCAGAUCAUUACGCGAAAAAGAUCUACAGUCCAUGAAGAAGUGUUUUCCCAACGCGACAAGAAUUAUCUUUGCCCCCCUUUGGGACUCUUUAAACUCACGAUGGUUUGGCGGCGUUUUCUGUUGGAGUCGAGCUGAGACUCGAGUAUUCAGUGCACAUGUUGAUCUUGGUGGGCUAUUUGGGUUUGGCUCAUCCAUGAUGGUUGAGCAUAGUCGGAUUCGAAGUGAAGAGUCGGCCAAACAAAAGGGUGAUUUCAUCAGCACCAUAUCACAUGAAUUAAGAAGCCCACUUCACGGCAUAUUGGCAUCCAACGAGCUACUCUCUGAGCACGUGAAUUCGGAAUUUGCGAAACGACUCCUUGAUACCAUCCGUGCCUGUGGUCAAACCCUCCUUGAAACAUUCGACCAGAUCUUGGAUUUCACCAAAAUAAAUACAUUUGAAAGAGAGCCAUCCAAAUCUUGCUCGCCCCUUCGACGUCUUCAACGCGAUCGGUCGCAGUCACUUAAUAUCGUGAAGCUGGUUGAUGUAGUUUCAGUUGUUGAAGAAGCGGUGGAAAGCGUGUGCUCCGGACAGGCCCUAUCCAGUAUCAUGAAUGGAGGCAGUGCCUCUAAUCGACUGUGGCAACUGGAUCCAAUAGAUGACACCGUGAGAAAAUCGAAAUCUACAGACGGCGAACAUGUGGACGUAUUUCUCGAUGCCGCGCCUCAGAACUGGCUCUAUGUUUUGGAGCCAGGUGCUUUGAGGCGAGUCGUUAUGAAUGUUUUCGGAAAUGCAUUGAAGUACACCGGGUCCGGGUCUGUUUCUCUUCAAAUUGAGACUCAGAUGUCAAAGAAUGAGUUGCCAGUCCUCCUGAUCACGGUAUCCGAUACCGGUCGAGGCAUUUCAAAUGACUACCUUCGAUCCAACCUUUUUACUCCAUUCUCUCAGGAGAAUCCUAUGUCGCCGGGUGCGGGCCUUGGCCUCUCUCUUGUUCGAGGUAUACUUCGAUCGAUGGGCGGAAAUAUUGCGAUCAAAAGUCAAUUGGGCGUAGGUACCGUGGUGAAGAUAACUUUCCCUCUUACAUACUCUCAACAGCACCGGCUGCCCGAAAUUCAAUCAUCUUGUCUGGGCUUGGCGUCGCCCUCUUUGACAUGCAUCGACCAUAUUACCACCAAACUUGAUGGACGCAGGGCUUUCUUUUACCCGCCGCAUAAUUUUAAUUCCAACAGCCCCUCAUCAAGUUAUAUGAUCAAAAAGUAUAUGACUGAAUGGUUCGGCAUGAAGAAUGGAAACCAAGGCAUUCCUAAUGCAUCCGAUUUGGUGGUCAUUGGUGAGCGUCAUUUGAAUCAAUUGCCGAUUGCAUAUCGCCAAUCUGUACUUUUGAUCGUCUCUCACCGAGGCCCUAGCCUAUGGUCAACAGUCACUUCGGCAAAAAACCAACUGGGCAACUCAAUAUGGUUGACUCUUCCAUGUGGGCCUCACCAAUUAGCCAGGACAUUAUUAGGCUCCCUUCAAAGCCUGCAGUUGAGCGACGUCCAUUUAUCAGAUAGCACACCACGCCGUGUUUGGAGUGACAACGCUUUGAACUCAACAUCAACUGAUCUACAGAUUUUACCGGCUCCCCUUAUAGGUCACGAAAUACGGCCUGGACCAACCAAUCUGUCCCAACCGGCCAUGUCUAUUUCAAAUCAUGAAAUCACGAAGCCCACUAUUGUGGAAUUUGAAUUGCCAGUUCACAUUGAGAAAGGUCUCCACGAAACUCAUAGCCUCUCGCUGUCUGAAACAAAAAAUGACCCACGGGUCCUCUUAGUUGAGGACAAUGCCAUAAACCUCGCACUCCUCAAAAAAUUCAUAUCAAAGACACGGACGCAAGUCCUGCACAGCGCUAUUAACGGUGCAGAAGCUGUCGAGCUGGUGCAAAAAAUGCCACACGGGUAUGAUUAUAUCUUCAUGGACAUGUCUAUGCCUGUGAUGGAUGGGUUUGAGGCAAGCAGAGAGAUUCGGUCAAUAGAAGCAAAACGACAGACGGUGUCCCCAGCAUGUAUAAUCGCCCUGACUGGUUUAGGAUCGGAAGAGCAUAUCGCAAAAGCCUAUGCUGUGGGAUGUAAUAUCUUUCUCCGAAAGCCGGCGUCCCUCAAAGAUAUAAUGGCAGCGCUGAGCAAGUGA